ACUCUUUUACCUCUCUUAACUUUAUCUAAAAAGAGAUGCGCGAAAAGCAAUCCAAAGCCACACAAGAAAGACAUGAGCGUAUGCUUAACGAACUGUUUAAAUUGCCCGGGAAUGACCGCUGUGCUGAUUGUACAGCAAAAAAUCCCCGCUGGGCUUCCUACUCUCUUGGAAUCUUCUUAUGCAUUCGCUGUGGAAGUCUACACCGUAAGAUGGGAACCCAUAUUUCAAAGGUGAAAUCAGUUAGCAUGGACCGCUGGACGUUACAGGAAAUUCAACUCGAUGAACCCAAACCCUUCGAAACACUGCUUACCUAUAGCACUUGACGACGAUCAUGCGAUGGAGAGAUACGUCCGAGACAAAUGGGAAAAGAAAUCGUUCAUGGAAACAACUAGUGUAAAUAACAACGACAUACAAACUGGUAUAACACAACCUGUGGAGGAUUCAAGUAUGAGUAUUACUAGUUUACAACAAAAGGGGGAUUCAAGUACGAGUAUAAGCACUACGGACAUGAGUACGCCAUCCCUAAGCAGCACAAAUAGUAGUCUUUUAUCAUCUCCUACUAUGCAAUUCGCGGGCCGAGUUGCAACAGAAACAUCCAACAGUGUCAACCCCUUUCUCAAAAAUAACCUAUACAAUCCCUUUGCGACGAUCUCAUCUUUUAGUAAUCCAGUCACACCACCUUCCAACAACCCAUUCACACAGCAACAACACUUUGUACAGUCCCCUUUUGAUAUCAGCUACAACACUUCUGGAAACAGUUAUUUUAGUCAGAAUAAUACUUCAAACAACAACACCGGUAGCAGACAUAAUCCAUUUUAUCAAUAAAAGCGUGGCAUUUAGUACAAAAAAAAAAAAAAAAUGGGAAUAACUAUCACAUGAGCUCUGUUACUGUCAUAAAUCUGUGUGUAAUUUCAAA